AUGAUAUCUGUGCCAGAUUGGAUGUUGCUUGUUUGUAAGCUGGAAUCAACAAUAUCUGACGAUUCCUGGCAGAUGAUCUUAAAUCAGACUCGACUUGGAAAAAGCGGGGUGAGUUAGCCACCGACUAUUUUUUGUGUUGCUGUUGUUGUUGUUGUUGUUUCCUUUAAGCUUGCUAGAACUAUCAAGUAAUCCUCCUAACCGUAAAUGAAUUGUGGUCUACGCCAUUCAAAUAUCUACUCCCAUUCCCCCCCAUUAUGGACAAGAUUUUCUGAUGGGGAGGGGGGGAGGGUGCUUUGAAAGUCAUUUGCGAGGGGAUUGACUGUGACGGUACCUUUGAUCUUUGGAAUAUUACUGAGGGGUGUAUGAAAAAUUGGCUAUUUCUGUGGAGGGAGGCAGGGUUACUGUACAUGUGUCAGUACCUAAAUUGAUCUUUUUUUCUUUUCUUUUAGAACUCAUCAGACACUCCAAUCUUGCUUUCCAAAAGCAACAUAAAGGAACUUCGGUCUAUGCUGUUUGAUAAAGUUCGAAGCCUCUUUGACAUCACUCAAAUACAAGAUUUCCCU